AUCGAUCAACAAGAGAGAGAGAGAGAGAGAGAGAGAGAGAGAGAUGGCGGAACAAGUGGGUCGGAAGUUGGAGGGAGCAGAAGCAGGAGAAGAAGAGAAGAAAAGAUCACAGAAGGCGUCAGACGGAGAAGAAGAGAAGAAGGAAAAGGUGUUGGAGGGGCUGCCCCUUGAGAGCAGCCCUUACGUGAAGUAUUCGGAUUUGGAAGACUACAAACGCAAAGGUUACGGCACCGAAGGCCACCUGGAACCUAAGCCCGGCCGUGGGGCUGGCGCCACCGAUGCUCCCACCCUCUCUGGUGGCGCAGUUGCUCAGCUCCAGGGGCUCCCAGACAAUCAGUCCCGCUAGCCUAUGCCCUCUAUCCAUCCCAUUCAUGGUGUGGUCACCUCACACCUCAUUUAGAGAGACAAAGAGAUCUAUCAAUGACGUUUUUUUGGAUUAUUGAUUUUUGUUUGAACUUUCUUGUGGCUGCCCAUGAUUAACAACUUUCACCAUUACGAGUUUUCCAGUGAAAAUGUUUGAUUUCUCAGCUUCUCUUAUGAGAUAAGACAAUAUAUAUAAGGUUGAGUUGUAUAAUAUUGAAUAUUGAGUACUCAACAUCACGUGUUUCCGAUGUCAUCGAACCCGCGGAGGCGUGGAGUCGUGGACUAGACGGUAUUCUGAUAUGGUUGAGUUGUAUAUUAUUAAUAUAAUUUACUUUAA